AUGACGCGUGCUCAGCCGGCACAAAAUGAAGGCCGUGUGCUCCAUGAGCAAGACGGAAUACGUGAUACGGCGGACUACGAACGAGACUUACGUGACAAACUCCGCGCUGAAAUGCAGGAGCAAAUGCAUGCUGAAAUGCAGGAGCACAUGCAGAGCAUGCAGGCACAACUCCUUUCUUCGCUGAAACAAUCCUUGGAACCUCCAGUUUCAACUGACAUGCAGACAUCACCGCCUGCCGAAUCACCUGAUCCGGCACCGCCCGCAGUUGCGAGCGAACCGAGCCGACGAUCUGAGCACGUCAAACGUGUGAGGCAGAAGUGA